UCCAUCCAUCCGUGCGCCCGUCCUCACUCCGCCGCUGCGCUCAGCUCGUAGGUCGGUGGGAAUCCUCAGGUGAAGAUGGAGAUGAAGGCCGUGUCCCGACUCUGCUGGUGGCUCUGCUGGUCCUUGGCGGGUCUGGGUGCUGUGACUCGGGCUCUGAAGCUGGAGGAGCUGUUUGAGUUUGGAGAAGCAGCCGGAGACCUGCAGCUGCCACCCGGCUCCGACUCCACGGCCGCGCUGCCUCUGAAAGGGUCACUGGUGUACUUGGAGGAAAAAUACAACAAAGUUUAUAUCAACACCAAUGGGUUUGUGGCUGUUGCCGAGCCUCCUGCUGAGGAGAAAUACCUGGGGAAGAUGCCCAGUGAGUUUAAAAUGAUUGCAGUCCUUCUGGGAGACCUGGACAACAGUGACGGACAAGGCAAGGUGUACUUCAGGCACGACAGCACCCCCAAUAUCCUGGGUCGAGCCGCUGACCACAUCAGGCAGGGUUUCCCAGAUGGUAAGGUAGAGAAGCCCACCAACACCUUCAUUGUUACCUGGGAGAACAUGGCUGCCCAGGGGACACCUGGACGAGGAGACCAACUGGACACUAAGAGAAUCACCUUCCAGCUGGUUGUAGCCUACACAGCAUCAUCUGCCUGGGCCAUCCUCUUGUACCCCAGGAACGGCCUGCAGUUUCUCUACACAUCAAUAGGAGGAGAAAGAAAGCUGCUCGAGUCUUGCUUCAAUGAAGGCCUGGUGGGCUGGUUCUGGCAAAAACAGGGGCUGUACUUCAACCUUACCUCUGAUGACGAGGCCUCCAUCAGACAACUUACCAAAAAGACCAACGCAGCACAGAGUGGAGUUUGGGUGUACAAGAUUGGAUCCUCCCCGUUCUUCGUUGAGAUCGAACCGGGGAAAGUGACUCGCUCUCCUGAGAAUGAGGGUGUUACUGAGCCUCCUGUGACCAUGUUACCAACACAGACUGAUAAUCAUGUGGGGGUGGACUUCUUCACCUAUACAACCCAGGGGAUAAAGACAGCUGGAACAGUACCAGAGGAAAAGCAUGAGCAGCCAUCUGAGACCCCCAGCAGCUUCCAAACCGGUUAUCCAGAAACCGUCACACCAGGAAACACAACGCUGAAAGCUCAGGAGCCACACUUUGUGGAAUCAGACACUAUUGCACCAGCACCCACCAGCACUGGGACAAUUCAACGAAUACAUCCAACUGAGCAGCAUGAGCCUGAAACCAGAUACAUCACCUCUGAGACUUUGCAACCAACACACACCACUGCCGCGCCCAGCGAACCCAGAUACACGACAGAGGAGCCGGAGCUGCGACAGCGGCACGUAGCAGCACCGCCGCGUUCAGCUCCACAGCAUCCUCAGAUCGUUGUGGUCGAUGAAGAUUUGGAUGUGAACGUGUUUGCAUACAAUCCGGAGACGUGUGCCCACAACAGGCACAAAUGCUCAGCUUCUGCUGACUGCCGAGAUCACAGCAGGGGGUACUGCUGCCACUGCAGGCCUGGUUAUUAUGGGAAUGGGAAGGACUGUGUGGCAGAAGGCAAACCCCAGAGGAUGAAUGGAAAAGUGAACGGCCAAGUGUUUGUGGGAAACUUACCUUCACCGGUAAGGCUCAGUAACAAUGAUUUGCACUCAUACGUGGUAGCCAAUGAUGGACGGGCCUAUGUGGCCAUCAGCAACAUCCCCGACAGCGUGGGGCCCUCCCUGCAGCUCCUGUCCUCACUGGGGGGGGUCAUCGGCUGGGCCUUUGCCUUGGAACAGCCCGGCUACGAGAAUGGAUUCAGUCUCAUUGGCGGGGUGUUUUCCCGACAGGCCGAGGUGGUCUUCCAGCCAGGCAACGAGCGUCUGACCAUCAAGCAAGAGUUUAAAGGCAUCGAUGAACACGACCACCUGGUGAUGAGCACAGACCUGGAUGGACGUCUGCCGGCUGUCCCGUUAGGCUCCACCGUCCAGAUCGAGCCAUACAAGGAGAUUUACCAGUACAACAGAAAUUUCAUCAUCUCCUCCUCCAGCCGCAACUACACCAUCACCUCUCCUGAUGGAGAUGUCCAGACUAGAAGCUACCAGUGGCGUCAGACCAUCGUCUUUCAGACCUGCCCCUAUGAUGAGGCUGGGUGGGCGGGGGCAACGCUGACCACCCAGCAGCUCAGUGUCGACCAAAUCUUUGUGAUGUUUGACGCUAACAACCACCUCAUCCGCUACGCCAUGAGCAACAAAAUCGGUCCCAUCCGCAAGGAGAACCGUCCAGUCGAUCACUGCCAGAGAGGCUCUCAUGACUGCGAUGCUCCACAGAGAGCACUGUGCCGCUACACCGGAGGCUCGGCCUACAUCUGCUCCUGUCUGCCGGGGUUCGAGGGUGACGGCCGGGUGUGUCGGGAUGUAGAUGAGUGCCAGCAGCAGGACCGAUGCCACGCUGAGGCCUCCUGCUCCAACACACAGGGCUCCUUCACCUGUCAGUGUCGUCCUGGUUUCCACGGAGAUGGCCUGCACUGCAGCCCCACGUUCUCAGAGCGUGAGAAGACCCAGUGUGAGCAGCAGAGAGAGAGCGCCGUAGCCGACUCUGACGUUCCCUUCUCAUUCCGCCCUCGUCCUGUCGGUCGGUACGUUCCCCGGUGUGACGAGCACGGCGCUUACGAGCCCACGCAGUGCCACCAAAGCAUUGGGCAGUGCUGGUGUGUGGACGCCAACGGGCAGGAGAUCGCCAACACCCGCACAGGACCUCACAGUAGCCCUCCUCUUUGCAUCGAUCAGGCAGUUACUCCCGCUCCGAUCGGUCCCACGCCGCGGCCCGAUGUCCAGCCCAUCGCUCCUGGAGCAUACCUGCUGUUCGCUCAAAGUGGGAAGAUCGAACAUGUGCCGCUCGAUGGAUACAUCAUGAAGAAGGAGGAGGCCAAACCUCUGCUGCACGUCCCUGAUCGCGUGGUGAUCGCUGUGGCCUACGACUGUGUGGAGAAGAUGGUUUACUGGACCGACAUCACUGGACCAGCUAUCAGCAAGGCCAGCCUCACUGGAGGAGACGUCGUUCCAGUUGUUACUAAAGAGCUGCAGAGUCCUGAAGGCAUCGCCAUUGACCACGUGGCCCGCCUUCUGUUCUGGACUGACUCCACGCGAGACACCAUAGAGGUCUCAAAGCUGGACGGCAGCCACCGGAGAGUCCUUUUUGACACUGACCUGGUGAACCCUCGACCCAUCGUCACCAACCCAGCAUACGGGCGGCUGUACUGGGCAGACUGGAAUAGAGACGGGCCUAAAAUUGAGAUGUCCAACAUGGAUGGGACUGAGCGAGUUGUCCUGGUCAAAGACAAUCUAGCACUUCCCAACGGUCUCACCUUUGACUAUGAAAACCAACAGCUGUGCUGGGCAGAUGCAGGGACUCGGAACGUGGAGUGUAUGGAUCCUCACCGUCAACUGAGGCGGAAUAUCGUCGAAGGGAUCCAGUAUCCGUUUGGCCUGGUUUCCUUUGGAAGAAACCUGUAUUACACUGACUGGAGGAGGGAGGCCGUGGUGGCUGUGGAUCGUCACUUGGGGAAAGAGACAGAAGAGUUUCUGCCACAGAAACGCUCUCGCCUGUACGGCAUCACCACAACAGCAACACAGUGUCCACAGGUGUAUAACUACUGCGCUGACAACGGCGGAUGUUCUCACCUGUGCCUGCCACGGCUUGGAGGGCUCUCCUGUCGCUGCCCGGACACGACCGACGGUCAGUGCGAGGAGAAGGUCCUGUGAGCUGAAGACGACGUGACGAUUUCAACUUUUCUUACUUGAACUUUAACAUUUCUGUAGUCAUUUUAGAGUCUUAUGAGCUUUUGAAAGCUGUUCAAACCUCACUGUGUCUGUCCUCACUGGUUCUCACAUCUGCUGAUUGUUGCAGUCCAAAGUGAAAAACACAGAUUUACCUGAUUGGGUGAUGAAUAUGUGACAAGGUACCGUUGUUUAUAGUUUAUAUUGUGUACUUUCAGCCUGCUCAUUGCUUUCUGAUAGAUGCUCUAAAAGGUUUUUGUGUCAGAUAUUCUUCUGGAGUUAGUGACCACAGUGCCUCCGAGUUUUGUGAACAGUGUUUUCCUGCUUUGACGGGUUUUUUAGACGUUGAUGUCUCAGGUUUGACUCCUGGAUUUUCACACUAGUGAGUUAGUGUUUCUGCUUCAUUUACAGGAAACAAAUGGAAUAACUGUUAGUUUCAUGCAGCAUUUCUUCAGUUCAACCAACAUGACAUGAUUAUAUAGCUCAGCAACCCUACAUGAUGAAAUGUGACUUUUCGGCAGGACUAACAUACUCAGUGAUUUUAAAGUCUGCAGGUCUCUAACAGGGAGCCUGUGACAAACAUUUAUUCUGUUUGUUCUAAACCACGCAGUGUAUUUUUAUAUGAAUGUAAAUAUUUACCCACUAUGCCAACAGUAUUCUUGUUUAAAUGGUGCUGAUGUAAGCCUGAGAUCUACCUGAUGAUGGUGAUUGCUGUGACGGUGUGGGAAACAGUGCUCCCGUUGAACUCCACCUCCAGUCUCUGCUCCAUUUUUCAGUGAUGAUUAAAGAUAAACAACUGGUGUAACUGAAGUUCUCGCUUAUUUGAAGCCAUUUUCCUCAGGAACGGAAGACCUAACAACCAACAUGUUCAUCAAACCAUUUAAUCAAAUCACAAUCAGGAUUUUUUUUUCUCUGAAACUGGAUAAAUUCAGGACAUUCAGCUGAAUUUCCAUGUUUAGGAUGUGGUCCAUGUAAUGUCUAAAUACAGUGUAAAACUUUAUUGGCAUAGAUUGUUAUUUCAUUUGAAUAUUACCAUCCACAGACCUGGUGUGACAUGCUAUCGUAGCAGUAUCUCCAGUAUGAAACAAAAAAACCCAAACUGUACUGUGUGUACAAUAAAGUACAAUAAAGUGUUUUAUUGCUAUCUUUGUAUUGAACAGUAGACUGGUGACCUGGUACACUCCUCUCCAGGAUGAACCCCUCUGUAAAUAAAUGUGUGGGACAGCCUCCUUUCACUUGAUCAGUGUUGCAUAAAUAAGAGCCACUCCAAGUGCAGUGGUCCGUCGCUA